ACUCUAAAAUUGAAUUCACGAUUUAGUAAUACUAGUACUCCGUAAUGAAUUUGUACUGUAUUUAGACCUAAUUGUCGAUUGAAAAUUACAAUGAUAAGUCCUGAUAAAGUUAUCUAAAGUUAUUUGAAGCUCGUUACUCGUUUUAUCGUUAGUUUGCUUAAGUUGUGGAUAAAAAAGAGAUGUGAUAACUAAUAAAAGCCUAAAGUAUUAAAUGAAAACGAAACAAAUACGUUCUCGAAUCUUUAUGACACUUAAUUGAUUAUAACUGUGAAGGCCAAUUUUUACUUAAGCAAUGUUCUCAUAUUUGCCUUUAUUUUUAAAAGGAGAAGUUGUUAAAGGCUUCGGAAGAGGAUCAAAGGAUUUGGGGUGCCCUACAGCUAAUUAUGCCCGUGAGGUGACACAAUCUUUACCUGAUAAUUUAAAACCAGGAGUGUACUAUGGAUGGGCUCAGGUAGACCAACAAGAUGUACACAAAAUGGUAGUUAAUAUUGGUUGGUGCCCAUUUUACCAGAACAAAGAAAUGUCUGUUGAAACACAUAUUAUGCAUCAAUUUGAAAAUGAUUUCUAUGGAUCUAUGUUAAAAAUUUGCAUAGCUGGAUAUUUAAGACCAGAAAUGAAUUUCAAUUCACUAGAUGAAUUAAUAACUGCCAUCAAACAAGACAUAAACAAUGCUAGCAAUGAAUUGGAUUUACCAGAUUCAAUUAUGUUGAAGAACAAUAAUUUUUUCACUUGUGAUUAAUUUAUAUAAAGUCAUUCACACAGACAAUUUAUGCGAAUUAUUACUUGUAAGUAAAUAGAUAUUCUUAAAGAGUAGAUAGAAUGUUAUUGAUAUUGUUAAUUAAUAGUUAAAUGGUGCAAUUUUUCAAUGAAUUCCAUAUUGUUAUUAUAUUUUUAUAAAGCUAUAUUAUGUUGACAAAUAAAGAUUCUAUAUUGUUAUAA